GGGCGAUAAUGUGAUAGAGGCAACACUGGUUGUGGAGAGAGCGUGAUUCUGAAAGAUGGGGUUGGAAUCAGUGGGAGAUUUGGCGAUUAACGAGAUUCUGAAAAAGUUAGGACCCGAAGACAUUGCCAGAGUUGGCCUUGUGAGCAAGAGGUUUAAGGUUUCGGUCUCUGAUGACACUCUCUGGUUCAAAAUCUGCUUCCAUGAUCUCGAUUUGACUCAACCCGUGGAUCAUCUUGGAAACCCUCUCCCUUCUUUCAAGGAAGCUUAUCAAACUUGGCGAGAAGCUUUUAUUAUGUAUCCUUGGUCUCUUGUUAAGCGUGUUAAAAGGUGCUGGGACAGAAUAAAGACCUGGCUGACCAAUAAUUUUCCAGAAGCUGAAGCCACACUUUGUAAAGGUGCAUCAGAAACUGAGAUUCAAGAGUUGGAGAAUGCCUUAAAAGUGAAAUUGCCUCUUCCUACAAGGAUCCUUUAUCGCUUUCAUAAUGGGCAAGAAAUUUCGAAAGCAGAUUCUUUGGGCUUAAUUGGUGGCUACUCCUUCUACAGUCAUUUGGUGAAUGUUUUUCUAUUACCUAUAAAUCAGGUGAUCCGGGAAACUCAGAAAAUUACACGUCGCGUAGGCUUUUUCAGAAGAUCCAAGUAUGUGCUUGUGGCCCAUUCGUCCACUUACAGUGCAAAGUUGUUUUUCCUCAACUGUGCCAAUGGUCAACUAUAUGUUGGAACCAGGAAGAUUCUUACCGAUGGAGAAAUGAUCCCUUGUGUGCCUCAUGAUCUGAUUAGUUUACGUCAUGACUUGAAUAAUGAUCAGCAACAGGAUGCCAUGCUGCUGUGGUUAGAAGAACAUGGUCGCCGUUUACAAAAUGGCUUGAUUAAACUUCAUGAAGAAGGAAAUGAAAGAAGCAUUAAUCUUUUCCCAGAAGAACCCCCUCUUUGUUCAACGGCUGUAACCAAUGGCGUGAAGGUUCGUGCUUCUGCGUUGGUUAUCCCUGAGUUGGCUGAUCUUCAAGAUGACCUUGAAAAGUUCUAUUUUGCUUAUUCGAUCCGCAUGUCCCUUGAACCUAAAGGAUGCAUUGUCAAUGGAAUGUCCUUUACCUCUUGCCAGCUACAUUGGAGGCACUGGAUCAUCUGUGCUAAUGAUACUGUAGUAUCUGAUGUCAAUGGAGAAGCUGUUGUAGGACAGUUCCCACUUUUGUGUCCAGGUGAUAAAGAAUUUGUUUAUCAGAGUUGCACUCCUCUACCAACAUCAUCAGGUUCCGUUGAAGGUUCUUUUACAUUUGUCCCUGGCAGCUUGGCAACCCCAAGAGGAGACCCUUUCCUAGCUACAGUGGCUCGUUUCCCUCUACAGCUGCCAGACUAUGUUUUCUGAUUUUGAUUCUGUCUGGUAUUUAAGUAUCUCUGGGAUAAUGUUUGGGUACAUUAUUUUACUUUCGUGUUAGUUGCUUGGUUGUUGUGACAGGUUUUUAAGUUGGUUGUGCACAAUUUCCGUGUAUAUUUUUCUAUCAACCUAUAGUAAUAUCGGAUUUCUCGCUUUCUUGA